UCCUGCUGCCCGCGGGAACUUUGUGACCGCGCCGCAGGUGUGGGGGCCGGCGGAGGUGUGCAUGUGGGGCUCGAGGGCGUCGCGAAGAGUGGCUGCGGUCCUGUACGGUCCUCGCCAGAGUGGCCCGGAGCCGGAGGGCGAGAAGCAAGGCAAACGAGGGGAGGGGGUGCGGGCGGGGCGAGGACUCGAGGCUGAGACCCUUCGUGCGCACUCUUAAGUGCUGAGACGGAACUGGGGCGCCCCUCACCUACUCGCCCCCCGAAGCAGGUGUGCGAACAUCUUCCUGAUUCCCGGAGAAAAAUGCCGGUCCGGAAGCAAGAUACCCAGAGAGCGUUGCAUCUUUUGGAAGAGUAUCGUUCUAAACUAAGCCAAACUGAAGAUAGACAGCUCAGAGGUUCCAUAGAACGAGUUAUCAACAUAUUUCAGAGCAACCUCUUUCAGGCUUUAAUAGAUAUUCAAGAAUUUUAUGAAGUGACCUUACUGGAUAAUCCAAAAUGUGUAGAUCGUUCAAAGCAGUCUGAACCAGUUCAGCCUGUGAAUACCUGGGAAAUUUCUAGCCUUCCAAGUACUACUGUGGCUUCAGAAACACUGCCAAGCAGCCUUAGUCCUAGUGUAGAGAAAUACCGAUAUCAGGAUGAUGAUACACCUCCUCAAGAGCACAUUUCCCCACAAAUCACUAAUGAGGUGAUAGGACCAGAAUUGGUUCAUGUCUCAGAGAAGAACCUGUCAGAGAUUGAGAACGUCCAUGGAUUUGUUUCACAUUCUCAUAUUUCACCAGUAAAGCCAACAGAAGCCGUUCCUCCCUCUUCUCCCACUGUCCCUGUGAUCCCUGUCCUGCCAGUCCCUGCUGAGAAUACUGUCAUCCUACCCACCAUACCACAGGCAAAUCCUCCUCCAGUGCUGGUCAAUACAGAUAGCUUGGAAACACCAACUUACGUUAAUGGCACUGAUGCAGAUUAUGAAUAUGAAGAAAUCACACUUGAAAGGGGAAAUUCAGGGCUUGGUUUCAGCAUUGCAGGAGGUACAGACAACCCACACAUUGGAGAUGACUCAAGUAUUUUCAUUACCAAAAUUAUCACAGGGGGAGCAGCUGCCCAAGAUGGAAGAUUGCGGGUAAAUGACUGUAUACUGCGAGUAAAUGAAGCAGAUGUUCGUGAUGUGACACAUAGCAAAGCAGUUGAAGCAUUGAAAGAAGCAGGGUCUAUUGUACGUUUGUAUGUAAAAAGACGGAAACCAGUCUCGGAAAAAGUAAUGGAAAUAAAGCUCAUUAAAGGUCCUAAAGGUCUUGGAUUCAGCAUUGCUGGAGGUGUUGGAAAUCAGCAUAUUCCUGGGGAUAAUAGCAUCUAUGUAACCAAAAUAAUUGAAGGGGGUGCAGCACAUAAGGAUGGUAAACUUCAGAUUGGAGAUAAACUUCUAGCAGUGAAUAGUGUAUGUUUAGAAGAAGUUACUCAUGAAGAAGCAGUAACUGCUUUAAAGAACACGUCUGAUUUUGUUUAUUUAAAAGUGGCAAAACCCACAAGUAUGUACAUAAAUGAUGGCUAUGCACCACCUGAUAUCACCAAUUCAGCUUCUCAGCCUGUUGAUAACCAUGUUAGCCCGUCUUCCUUCUUGGGUCAGACUCCUGCGUCACCAGCCAGAUACUCACCAGUUUCUAAAGCAGUUCUUGGAGAUGAUGAAAUUACUAGGGAACCUAGAAAAGUUGUUCUUCAUCGUGGCUCAACAGGCCUUGGCUUCAACAUUGUAGGAGGUGAAGAUGGAGAAGGAAUAUUUAUUUCCUUUAUCUUGGCUGGAGGACCUGCUGAUCUAAGUGGAGAGCUCAGGAAAGGCGAUCGUAUUAUAUCGGUAAAUAGCGUUGACCUCAGAGCUGCUAGUCAUGAGCAGGCAGCUGCUGCAUUGAAAAAUGCUGGCCAAGCCGUAACAAUUGUUGCACAAUAUCGACCUGAAGAGUACAGUCGUUUUGAAGCAAAAAUACAUGACUUACGGGAGCAGAUGAUGAACAGUAGUAUUAGUUCAGGAUCAGGCUCUCUCAGAACUAGCCAGAAGCGAUCACUCUAUGUCAGAGCCCUAUUUGAUUAUGACAAGACUAAAGACAGUGGCCUUCCCAGUCAAGGACUAAACUUCAAAUUUGGAGAUAUCCUUCAUGUUAUUAAUGCCUCUGAUGAUGAAUGGUGGCAAGCCAGGCAAGUCACACCCGAUGGUGAGAGUGAGGAAGUCGGAGUGAUUCCCAGUAAACGCAGAGUUGAGAAGAAAGAACGAGCCCGGUUAAAAACAGUAAAAUUCAAUUCCAAAGCCAGAGGUGAUAAAGGGCAGUCAUUCAAUGACAAGCGUAAAAAGAACCUCUUUUCCCGAAAGUUCCCCUUCUACAAGAACAAGGACCAGAGUGAGCAGGAAACAAGUGAUGCUGACCAGCAUGUAACUUCUAAUGCCAGCGAUAGUGAAAGUAGUUACCUAAUCUUGAUUACAGAUGAGUAUGGCUGCUCCAAAGGUGGUCAAGAAGAAUAUGUCUUGUCUUAUGAGCCAGUGAAUCAACAAGAAGUUAAUUAUACUCGACCAGUUAUUAUAUUGGGACCUAUGAAAGACAGGAUAAAUGAUGACUUGAUCUCGGAAUUUCCUGACAAAUUUGGAUCCUGUGUUCCUCAUACAACUAGACCAAAACGAGAUUAUGAGGUAGACGGAAGAGAUUACCAUUUUGUGACUUCAAGAGAGCAGAUGGAAAAAGAUAUCCAAGAACAUAAAUUCAUUGAAGCUGGCCAGUAUAACAACCAUCUAUAUGGAACUAGUGUUCAGUCUGUGAGAGAAGUAGCUGAAAAGGGUAAACACUGUAUCCUUGAUGUGUCUGGAAAUGCCAUAAAGAGAUUACAGAUUGCACAACUUUAUCCAAUAUCCAUUUUUAUUAAACCUAAAUCCAUGGAAAAUAUCAUGGAAAUGAAUAAGCGUCUGACAGAAGAACAAGCCAGGAAAACAUUUGAGAGGGCCAUGAAACUGGAACAGGAAUUUACUGAGCAUUUCACAGCUAUUGUACAGGGCGAUACGCUGGAAGACAUUUACAACCAAGUGAAGCAAAUCAUAGAAGAACAAUCUGGUCCUUACAUCUGGGUUCCAGCAAAGGAAAAGUUAUGAGGACUGAUGUUUCUCUAUUUCCCUUUUUCACAGUCUCGUUUUCUUUUGACAUUUCUUUGCCCUUUCCUUUUGGAGUCUGUCUUCAGUAUUCCAUUCAUAUUGAAUCAUCUCUCACUCA